GCUCCCGUCGGCAAGUCCCUGAGCCUCGCCGAGCCGGCUGAGCCGCGGCGCCCGAAUACUUACCGCGGCGGCGCUCGCACGGGGAGAACGACUCCGGGCUCGCCCUGUGGCCGCUGUCCCGGUGCCGGCGCCCAGUGCCUCGGGCCCCAGCUCAGAGGGAGGGGGAGCGCUCCCCAGCCCCCCGCCGCUCUCCCUAGCCCCGGGGAAGAAUGUGCCACCAGCUGUUCUCCGCUCGCGUGCGCUGCGCCCAGAAGUGAAGAACUUGGAGGAAGAGGAGACAAAGGCUGCGCUGGGGACGGAGGAGUUCGAGAAUUGGGUCUGAGCAAACAAAAGGUGCGAAAGGCGAGCCGGGGGUCAGGCGAUGGCCACGGGAGAGCCCCUAGGGCUCGAGUUCCUGGAAGUCGCGCCGUGACAUGCAUGGUUCCUUCCCCGGACCUUCCGCUGGGCUGACUUCUUCGAGCUGGACACCCGACUCGGGCAAGUCGGGGAACGCACUGGAACAAUGGACAACUUCUUCCCCGAGGGAACACGGGUCUGGCUGAGAGAGAAUGGCCAGCAUUUUCCAAGUACUGUCAAUUCCUGUGCAGAGGGCGUCGUCGUCUUCCAGACAGACUAUGGUCAGGUAUUCACAUACAAGCAGAGCACAAUUACACACCAGAAGGUGACUGCCAUGCACCCCAUGAACGAGGAGGGCGUGGAGGACAUGGCCACCUUGACGGAGCUGCACGGGGGCUCCAUCAUGCACAACCUACACCAGCGAUAUAAGAGAGACCAGAUUUACACCUACAUCGGCUCCAUCAUCGCCUCCCUGAACCCCUACAAGCCCAUCGCCGGCCUGUACGAGCGCGCCACCAUGGAGCGCUACAGCAAGAGCCACCUGGGGGAGCUGCCCCCGCACGUCUUCGCCGUGGCCAACGAGUGCUACCGCUGCCUGUGGAAGCGCCACGACAACCAGUGCGUCCUCAUCAGUGGUGAAAGCGGGGCAGGUAAAACCGAAAGCACAAAGUUGAUCCUCAAGUUUUUAUCGGUCAUCAGUCAACAGUCUUUGGAACUCUCUUUGAAGGAGAAGACGUCCUGUGUUGAACAAGCCAUUCUUGAAAGCAGCCCCAUCAUGGAAGCUUUCGGCAACGCGAAGACCGUGUACAACAACAACUCCAGUCGCUUUGGGAAGUUCGUUCAGCUGAACAUCUGCCAGAAGGGAAAUAUUCAGGGCGGGAGGAUUGUAGAUUAUUUAUUAGAAAAAAACCGAGUAGUAAGGCAAAAUCCUGGGGAGCGGAAUUACCACAUAUUCUAUGCACUGCUGGCAGGGCUGGAGGGCGAGCAGAGAGAAGAAUUUUAUUUAUCUGUACCAGAAAACUACCACUACUUGAAUCAGUCCGGAUGUGUAGAAGACAAGACAAUCAGUGACCAGGAAUCCUUUAGGGAAGUUAUUACGGCGAUGGACGUAAUGCAGUUUAGCAAGGAGGAGGUCCGGGAGGUUUUGAGGCUGCUUGCUGGCAUACUGCACCUUGGGAACAUAGAAUUUAUCACUGCUGGUGGGGCGCAGGUUUCCUUCAAAACGGCCUUGGGCAGGUCUGCAGAGUUACUUGGGCUGGACCCAACGCAGCUCACGGACGCUCUGACCCAGAGAUCGAUGUUCCUCAGGGGGGAGGAGAUCCUCACGCCGCUCAGCGUUCAGCAGGCAGUGGACAGCAGAGACUCCCUGGCCAUGGCACUUUAUGCACGCUGCUUCGAGUGGGUGAUCAAGAAGAUCAACAGCAGGAUCAAAGGCAAAGACGACUUUAAAUCUAUUGGCAUUCUUGACAUCUUCGGAUUUGAAAACUUCGAGGUUAAUCACUUCGAACAGUUCAAUAUAAACUAUGCAAAUGAGAAACUUCAGGAAUAUUUCAACAAGCACAUUUUUUCUUUAGAACAACUAGAAUAUAGCAGAGAAGGAUUAGUGUGGGAAGAUAUUGACUGGAUAGACAAUGGCGAAUGCCUGGACUUGAUCGAGAAGAAACUUGGUCUCCUGGCCCUUAUCAAUGAAGAAAGCCAUUUUCCUCAAGCCACGGACAGCACCUUAUUGGAGAAAUUACACAAUCAACAUGCGAAUAACCACUUUUACGUGAAGCCCAGAGUCGCAGUCAACAAUUUUGGAGUGAAGCACUACGCUGGAGAGGUGCAGUAUGAUGUCCGGGGCAUCUUGGAGAAGAACAGAGAUACCUUUAGAGAUGAUCUUCUCAACUUGCUAAGGGAAAGCCGAUUCGACUUCAUCUAUGACCUAUUUGAACACGUUUCAAGCCGCAAUAGCCAGGAUACCUUGAAAUGUGGAAGCAAGCACCGGCGGCCCACGGUCAGCUCGCAGUUCAAGGACUCACUGCAUUCCUUGAUGGCAACCCUAAGCGCCUCUAAUCCUUUCUUUGUUCGCUGUGUCAAGCCAAACAUGCAGAAGAUGCCAGACCAGUUUGACCAGGCAGUUGUGCUAAACCAGCUGCGAUACUCUGGGAUGCUGGAGACGGUGAGGAUCCGCAAGGCUGGAUAUGCCGUCCGGAGACCCUUUCAGGAUUUUUACAAGAGGUAUAAAGUGCUGAUGCAGAACGUGGCUGUGCCUGAGGACAUCCGAGGAAAGUGCACAGUCUUGCUGCAGCUCUAUGACUCCUCCCACAGCGAGUGGCAGCUGGGGAAGACCAAGGUCUUCCUUCGAGAGUCCUUGGAGCAGAAACUGGAGAGGCUGCGGGAGGAGGAAGUUACCCGGGCGGCCAUGGUGAUCCGGGCCCACGUCUUGGGCUACUUGGCACGAAAGCAAUACAGGAAGGUCCUUUCUUGUGUGGUGAUGAUCCAGAAGAAUUACAGAGCAUUCCUGCUGAGGAGGCGAUUUCUGCACCUGCGAAGGGCAGCCAUCGUUUUCCAGAAGCAGGUCCGAGGUCAGAUGGCCCGGCGGGUGUACAGACAGCUGCUGGCGGAGAAGCGGGAGGCGGAAGCAAAGAGGAGACGGGAAGAAGAGGAGAAGAGGAGGCGGGAGCAAGAGGAAAGAGAAAGAGAGAGGGCACGAAGAGAAGCUGAGCUCCACGCCCAACAGGAGGCAGCGAAACGGAAGCGGGAGGAGCUGGAAGCCUUACAGAAGAGCCAGAGGGAAGCUGAACUCCGCCGGGAGCUGGAGAAGCAGAAGGAAAACAAGCAGGUGGAAGAGAUCCUCCGCCUGGAGAAGGAAAUCGAGGACCUGCAGCGCAUGAAGGAGCGGCAGGAGCUGUCCCUGACCGAGGCCUCCCUGCAGAAGCUGCAGCAGCUGCGCGACCAGGAGCUCAAGAGGCUGGAGGACGAGGCCUGCCGCGCCGCCCAGGAGUUCCUGGAGUCGCUCAACUUCGACGAGAUCGACGAGUGCGUCCGCAACAUCGAGCGCUCGCUGUCGGUGGGCAGUGAGUUUUCUGGGGAGCUGGGCGACCUCGCCGAGAGUGCGAGUGGGGAGAAGCCCACCUUCAACUUCAGCCAGCCCUACCCGGAGGAGGAGGUGGACGAGGGCUUCGAGGCCGAGGACGAUGCCUUCAAGGACUCGCCCAACCCCAGCGAGCACGGCCACUCGGACCAGCGAACAAGUGGCAUCCGGACCAGCGACGAGUCCUCAGAGGAGGACCCCUACAUGAAUGAGACGGUGGUGCCCACCAGCCCCAGUGCCGACAGCACCGUGCUCCUGGCCCCCUCGGAGCAGAGCUCCUCCAGCGGGGAGCCCACCUACUGCCUGCCCCAGAACGCGGGGGGCCUCCCCUCCCCGGAGGGCGACUACGACUACGACCAGGACGACUAUGAGGACGGCGCCGUCACCUCCAGCAGCAGCGUGACCUUCUCCAACUCCUACAGCAGCCAGUGGUCCCCAGACUACCGGUGCUCUGUGGGGACCUACAACAGCUCCGGGGCCUACCGCUUUAGCUCCGAAGGGGCGCAGUCCUCGUUUGAAGACAGUGAAGAGGACUUUGACUCGAGGUUCGACACGGACGAUGAACUUUCCUACCGGCGGGACUCUGUGUACAGCUGUGUCACGCUGCCUUACUUCCACAGCUUUCUGUACAUGAAAGGUGGCCUAAUGAACUCCUGGAAACGCCGCUGGUGCGUCCUGAAGGACGAGACCUUCCUGUGGUUCCGCUCCAAGCAGGAGGCCCUCAAGCAAGGCUGGCUCCACAAGAAAGGCGGCGGCUCCUCCACGCUGUCCAGGAGGAACUGGAAGAGGCGCUGGUUCGUCCUCCGCCAGUCCAAGCUGAUGUACUUUGAAAACGACAGCGAGGAGAAACUCAAGGGCACCGUGGAAAUCCGGACGGCAAAAGAGAUCAUCGAUAACACCAGCAAAGAGAACGGGAUUGAUAUCAUUAUGGCCGAUAGGACCUUCCACCUGAUCGCCGAGUCCCCUGAAGAUGCCAGCCAGUGGUUCAGCGUGCUGAGUCAGGUCCACGCGUCCACGGACCAGGAGAUUCGGGAGAUGCACGAUGAGCAGGCAAACCCCCAGAAUGCCGUGGGCACGCUGGACGUGGGGCUCAUCGAUUCCGUGUGCGCCUCCGACAGCCCCGACAGGCCCAACUCAUUUGUGAUCAUCACGGCCAACCGGGUCCUGCACUGCAACGCCGACACGCCGGAGGAGAUGCACCAUUGGAUCACGCUGCUGCAGCGGUCCAAGGGCGACACCCGGGUGGAGGGCCAGGAAUUCAUCGUCAGAGGGUGGUUGCACAAAGAAGUCAAGAACAGCCCAAAGAUGUCUUCGCUGAAGCUGAAGAAGCGGUGGUUUGUGCUCACCCACAACUCCUUGGAUUACUACAAGAGCUCGGAGAAGAAUGCUCUGAAGCUGGGCACCCUGGUCCUCAACAGCCUCUGCUCAGUCGUCCCCCCGGACGAGAAGGUUUUCAAAGAGACAGGCUACUGGAACGUCACCGUGUACGGACGCAAGCACUGCUAUCGCCUCUACACGAAGCUGCUCAACGAGGCCACCCGGUGGUCCAGCGCCAUUCAGAAUGUGACGGACACCAAGGCCCCCAUCGACACGCCCACCCAGCAGCUGAUUCAGGACAUCAAGGAGAACUGCCUGAACUCGGACGUCGUGGAGCAGAUUUACAAGCGGAACCCCAUCCUCCGGCACACCCACCACCCGCUGCAUUCCCCGCUGCUCCCCCUGCCCUACGGAGACAUCAACCUCAACCGGAUCGACCUGCAACCUGGGUCGAACGAACCCAUGUACAGGACGAUGCUCCAACCAACUGAGCCACCCAGCCAGGGCACCCUUCUGUGUUUUAACAGCUUUUUCCAGCCAAUUCAAAGGUACAGAGACUCUGUGCUCAAGGACAAAGGCUACACCACCCUGCAGGACGAAGCCAUCAAGAUCUUCAACUCCCUGCAGCAGCUGGAGUCCAUGUCCGACCCCAUUCCCAUCAUCCAGGGCAUCCUCCAGACGGGGCACGACCUGCGCCCACUGCGCGACGAGCUGUACUGCCAACUCAUCAAGCAGACCAACAAGGUGCCACACCCGGGAAGCGCCGGCAACCUGUGCAGCUGGCAGAUCCUGACGUGCCUGAGCUGCGCCUUCCUGCCCAGCCGCGGCAUCCUCAAGUACCUCAAGUUCCACCUGAAAAGGAUACGGGAACAGUUUCCAGGAACCGAGAUGGAAAAAUACGCCCUCUUCGUUUACGAAUCUCUUAAGAAAACCAAGUGCAGAGAGUUUGUGCCUUCCCGCGAUGAAAUAGAAGCUCUGAUCCACAGGCAGGAGAUGACGUCCAUGGUGUACUGCCACGGCGGGGGCUCCUGCAAGAUCACCAUUAACUCCCACACCACGGCCGGGGAGGUGGUGGAGAAGCUGAUCAGAGGCCUGGCCAUGGAGGACAGCAGGAACAUGUUUGCCCUGUUUGAGUCCAAUGGACACGUCGACAAGGCCAUCGAGAGCCGGACCAUCGUAGCCGAUGUGCUAGCGAAGUUUGAAAAGCUGGCUGCCACCUCCGAGGUGGGCGACCUGCCCUGGAAAUUCUACUUCAAGCUUUACUGUUUCCUGGACACGGACAAUGUGCCGAAAGACAGUGUGGAAUUCGCGUUUAUGUUUGAACAGGCCCACGAAGCUGUCAUCCACGGCCACUACCCGGCCCCCGAAGAAAACCUCCAGGUGCUAGCGGCCCUGCGGCUGCAGUACCUGCAAGGGGACUACUCGCUGCACAGCGCCGUGCCGCCCCUCGAGGAGGUGUACUCCCUGCAGAGGCUCAAGGCCCGCAUCAGCCAGGCCACCAAAAGCUGCGCCCCGUGUGAGCGGCAGCGGCGGACCAGCUUCCUGGAGGGGACGCUCAGGCGGAGCUUCCGCACGGGCACGGGCGCCGUGGUCCGGCAGAAGGCGGAGGAGGAGCAGAUGCUGGACAUGUGGAUCAAGGAAGAGGUCUCCGCUGCUCGCGCCAGCAUCAUCGACAAGUGGAAGAAGUUUCAGGGGAUGAGCCAGGAGCAGGCCAUGGCCAAGUACAUGGCCGUGAUCAAGGAGUGGCCUGGCUACGGGUCCACGCUCUUUGACGUGGAGUGCAAGGAAGGCGGCUUCCCCCAGGACCUGUGGUUGGGCGUCAGCGCAGACGCUGUCUCCGUCUACAAGCGUGGGGAGGGGAGACCCUUAGAAGUCUUCCAGUAUGAACACAUCCUCUCUUUUGGAGCCCCCCUGGCCAACACAUACAAGAUCGUGGUGGAUGAGCGGGAGCUGCUCUUUGAAACCAGCGAGGUGGUGGACGUGGCCAAGCUCAUGAAAGCCUACAUCAGCAUGAUCGUGAAGAAGCGCUAUAGCACCUCGCGGUCCAUCAGCAGCCAGGGCAGCUCCAGGUGAACCCAGGCGGGAGUCUGUGUGUCUUCAGUCUCUGAACAUGCCCCCCUCUGGUCUGGGCCGGUCCCUGCGUGCCAAGCCCAGGGCAGAGCUGCCAGGCCCUCUGGAAGCCUCCGGAAGGGAGGUGUCUCCGAGGGACCUUUCGCCCCAUCCACUUCAGUGAUCAUGUAUGAAGCUGUCAACCUUAACCCGAUUUCCAAAGCUUUACUACUCUUAGAUGACAUAUGCCUUAACAAAGAGAGAGGAAGCAUACCCACGCCGCCGCCAAAGCAGCCAGAAGUGCCUUAACUUGUGGAGCAACACUCACGGACCUUCACUGUGCUACUGAGGGGAAUGCUCCCCGCCUUGUUGGGGAGACUGGCAAAGCCUUGAAGUGGGGGGGCAUUUAUCCAUCAACUAUGCACUAACCUCCCCGCCUGAUUUCCCGACUUUGAGGGAAGGUGAGGGAGUGGGGAGGGGGACAGGGAGCACAAGGGGACAGUGUAUUUUAGUUGGAGUGCUGCUGGCAGCCUUCCCGGAAGACGCGUAUUAACUUUUUUUUCUUUGUUUCAUCUUUUAAGUAUAUGUGCUUGCUUGUGCAUGCAUGUGUUCAUAAACCCAUCACUUUAAUCAUUGUCUCAAGAGUAUUAAAAGCAAAGGGAAAAAGGAAGUGCAAUGGUGUAAACAGUCUGUCUGUAUAUUUUAAUAGUUCAGAGUUAUAGUCUCCAAUUGUUACUUUAUAAGGUGGUGAUAUUAACAGACCGAAUCCCGGAUUUCCCCCCGUUUUUGCUAUAUUUCGAAAGCCACAUUUGGACUCAGUUUUGUUAUUCAUGUAGCAAAGUCUGCAUUCUGUGUCUGCUGUGUUAUAAACAGAUAUGCAGCCUGCAGAUAACUGUAUUUAUAAACCACUCUUAAACAGCUGGCUCCAGGGCUGUUUUUAGAACUAUAUGAAGUCUUUUUGGAGUCUUGAGUUUCUAAAAGAUUUAAGUUAAAAAAUGUUUCUUUGAAAGUUUGCUCAUAUGGCUCCGGGUAGAUCACAUAUAACCACGUGGAAUACGGGGAGAAGUGCUGUACUCCCCAGAGGUGAACUACGUGUGCAAGUCUUUAAAGCAGUGGUUCUCAACCUCCUAAUGCCACAACCCUUUAAUACAGUUCCUCAUGUUGUGGUGACCCCCAAUUUCAUUGUUACAAAUUGAACAUAAUUAAAACAUAGUGAUUAAUCACAAAAACAAUAUGUAAUUAAUUAUACAUGUGUUUUCCAAUGGUCUUAGGCGACCCCUGUGAAAGGGUCGUUCAACCUCCAAAGGGGUCGUGACCCACAGGUUGAGAACCACUUCUUUAAAGGCCCGUGACAUUAAAUGCUGAGGCUUUACUAUACUACACAAAUUUUAUCUUGAGUUUAUAAUGGUGGUCUGAAAAGGCGCCUGUAAAUAAAUCAGCAUUUGUGACCAGAAGAAAAAUAAUCUGGUCUUGGACUUUUAUUUUCAUAUGGAAAAGUUGUAAAGCCUUAGGCCAACUAAGUCUACCCACAAAGAAAAAAAUAAUGCCUUAUCCCUCACGGACAGCCAUGUGAAAGUGAAAUCAUCGUUUGUUGGCUGCAAGAAAGUCUGACAAUAAAAGAUAUUAGCUAA